AUGAUAUUCAUCUAACAAAUUAAUCUGAGCAACAAUACAAAGAACAAAAUACUUAUAAACUAGUUGCUCAAUCUGACAAUUGUAAGUUCAAUAGUUAUUCUAGUUUAACCAAUAGAUGAGGGAACUUCGCUAAGCGAUAAAAUACUUUUGAUAUGAGUCUUAUCUCAUUCGAUAGAUUCUAUUGAGAUUUGAGAAAAUCUAUGCUACCUUCUUGAAUGAUGUCUAUUGUAUUAAGUUUUUAGCAUAAUCCUAUAGUUUCGUCCGAUUUCAAUUUGUUAUAAAGUUUGAUAUAUUAUUUAUUUCUAGGAACAUUCAAUUAAUCCAGAUCCAUCAAUAGCUCAACUUUAUGUAACAUUUCUUUUAAAUAAUCGAACAUCAUUUAUUAUUGAUCAUAUUAAUAUUCAUUGUAUUGAUAGUAUGAGUUCGAAAUUAUUAAAUACAACAAGUACAAAUUUAAUAUCAUUUCCAUCUAUAAGUCUUUUUCCGUAUUCACAAAAUUAUAUUCAUAUUUAUUUUUCAAUAAAUGCUAUAUCAUUUUCUCAAAAAUUAAAAGCAACAUUAACUUAUUCUAUAAGUAAAUCAAAUAUAAUUGAAACAGAUAGAAUUGAAUUUAAACUUAAUUUGCCUUGUUCACAAUAUUUACGACGAAAGACUAUUGAUUCUAUUGCAUUUGCUGAUUUGAUGAGUUCGGGUACAUUGAUAUGCCAAUCAUAA